AAUCAUGUUCAUUGGUUCCCCCAACUCUUUCGAUCGGACAUGUGCUGAUGCUGAGCUCCUCAGCUCAAGUUCCAGGCCCAGUCAACCUUCAGAGCCUCGGAAUGCGGGCAACCGAGAUUGAGUCUCCGUGUGGAACGGGGAAGCGUCGCUUGUUGUUCUGGCAAACGUCACCGCGCAACCUCACCUCACUCUCUCUGAUCUAUUGAUUAUCAAUCGCAAUAUUCUUUCUCUGCCUACAAUCGAUCCUUUCCCAUAUUUCAGAUCAAAUUAUUCUGCAUAUCUUGGGUACUAUAUCAGGUAGGCCCAUCACUACCACACCUCAGCUGUUUCCUUGUCGCACGCUUAGCUAUGGCUUCCGAACGGACCAUCAACUCCAAAACUCCUACGCCUUAUGAAUCGACCAGGACCGUGGAAGCUGGUGCGAAGAAACCCUCCAUCGACGAUGCCCCACUCCUAGCGGAGCGCAACGGAACCUUUAAGGAGGUUAUGAAUGAGAGACAGUCUAACGAUGAAAGUAAUUCCGGUACACAUGGAAAAGCUGGCGAUGGGAUGAACUUCUCCCGCGAAACGCAACAAAGUGAUCAGACUACUAAAACUACAACAGCAUCGGCUGAUCUGAGCGAUGAGAGACAAUCCGAGCAGCGGAGUACUGGUGCAAAGUUUGAAAAGCGUGAACAUGCACCAAGCUCGAUGCAAGCUGAUACUGUUAAAUCAAGCUCCGAGCAUGCACCAGAGCAUACGUCCAAGAAACAGAAGACGAAGGAACAGCAUGUCGCUGUCAAGGACGAACUGUCGGCUCCUUCGGUUACAAAAUCGAGUCAGCCUGCUAACGACCCUAAGACCUCAGCAGGUCGGCCCAAGAAGAGAAAGGACGCGCCGAACAGGGAUAUUCCCACGGAUGGCAUUGGCAGCCGAACGCGGAGUCGUACCAAGAUUGCUUCUUAAUCAAACCUACCACUAUCAGGAACUGAUCUUGCGGUCAUAAGGGAAAGUCUUCUUUAGUCACACGGCGAUGAUCGUGCUGGACAUUGACCAGUCUUGAUUCUGCUACUUGUGUUCCUGCGUGAAAUUCUGUGCCC